ACCAAUAGCUUUAUUUUUCAGAAGUAUGGCGGAAAGGUGAUUAAAUUUGGGAAAUAAAAUGCAAAGGCGUAUUGAAGAAACUCAACGAAGGGUGAAUCCCAGUGAACAAUAUCCAUCUCGAGUUAUACCUGCUAGUGCCCAGCGCUUUGGUGAUGUAAGUGAUAGUGGAAUAGCUACUGGAAUGCCUUAUGCAAUACCUGGAUAUCAGAUAAAUCAGCCUGGAGCCCAUCAUGGCACAGUGCCAGGCACACUAACACAUGCAGUAGGCUUAGGAGCCUCUGGGCCUGUAGGUGGCGCCACGCCACAGUCACUGCACACACAGACAGGACCUGGCCAUCAAUCUGGUAUUUCUGCCAGCCAAGUAAACCAGUCAAUGCUAGGACCACCAAUGUCUGGUGGACAACAACAGCAACAGCAGCAGUGCCAGCGUCUUAAAGUAGAGGACGCCCUCUCUUAUCUAGACCAGGUGAAGCUUCAGUUUGGUAAUCAGCCUCAAGUUUACAAUGACUUUUUGGAUAUUAUGAAAGAAUUCAAGUCACAAACCAUUGAUACUCCAGGUGUCAUCAAUAGAGUUUCAAACCUAUUCAAUGGCCACCGUGACCUGAUUGUAGGAUUCAACACUUUCCUACCUCCUGGGUACAAGAUUGAAGUCCAGUGUGAGACCAUUAAUGUUCAUCAGCCUGGCCAACAAGUCAUGUCCAUUGCAGCCUUGGCCCAGUCCCAGGCAGUGUCCAGUGUAAAUAGAAAAACUAAAAAGAUGAUUUUUCCCCCCACCUUUCCUUCACUUCAACAGCAAAAGCAAGGAAUGUCAAUUUGGGAUGUAGCUUUGCAAAAAGUAAACCCAGUCCAUCAUCCAGCCCUGACAGCGCAGUCGGCUUCUCCUGCUGCUGACCAUAGAUCAUACCACCAGUCACCAAGACCACAAGCUGAGCCAGUUGCUCCAUCAGGACCAGCUAUUCCUCAACAGCCACAACAACAGCAGCAGCAACAACAGCAGCAACAACAACAGCAAGGAGGACAGCCUGUAGAGUUUAACCAUGCAAUCAAUUAUGUUAAUAAGAUUAAGAACCGUUUCCAAGGACAACCAGACAUUUACAAACAAUUCCUGGAGAUUUUGCACACUUAUCAAAAAGAACAGAGGUUAACAAGAGAUCAAGGAGGCGCUGUUGGCCCAAGCAAGCCUUUAACAGAGAGUGAGGUGUACCAGCAAGUUGCCAAUUUGUUUAAACAUCAAGAAGAUUUGUUAGCUGAAUUUGGACAGUUUCUUCCUGAUGCUAAUGGAGCUUCCAACUAUGGGGUUGCUUCAUUUGCUGAUUCAGCUCUUGGAGUUCGUAACGACCACUCUUCAACUGUCAAGAAACCUGGAGGCUAUCCGAGCGGGAAAACCCAGACCAACAAAUCUGGAGCUGGUGUUAAGCGACCAGCUAGUGCUUCAACUGCCGCGGCUGCUUCAUCUUUCCAGCCCCCAGUGAAGAAAAAAGGAGUACCCAAAGAUUUCAGUUUGGCUGAUGCAAGUAAAACUGGAACUCUUACAGAGUAUGCUUUCUUUGACAAGGUGCGGAAAGCUUUGCGUCACCAAGAAGUUUAUGACAAUUUUCUGCGCUCAAUUGUAUUGUUCAACCAUGAGAUUGUUACAAAGCAGGAGCUGGUUACUCUCAUCAGCUUUUUCUUAUCAAAAUUCCCUGAUUUAUUUAGAGAGUUUAAAGAUUUAUUAGGUGUCAAUGAGCAAGGAGGAGGUGUGGAGACCGUGCCACAUGGUGCAGCUCAGAAAGAGAGGAUAAGUGGAGAGCUAGCUAUGGAAAUUGAUUUUACUACCUGUAAAAGAUAUGGAGCAAGUUACAGAGGCAUUCCCAGCAAAUUUGUGCCCCCUAAAUGUAGUGGUCGCACUUCUCUAUGUAAAGAGGUACUUAAUGACACGUGGGUAUCAUUUCCCACUUGGUCUGAAGACUCCUCGUUUGUCACAUCACGUAAAACACAGUAUGAAGAAAACAUUUACAAAUGUGAAGAUGAAAGAUUUGAGCUUGAUUAUGUUAUUGAAACCAACUUCUCUACCAUCAAAUCAUUGGAAGCUGUACUCAAAAAGAUGAACAGAAUGCCUCAAGAAGAAGCUGCAAAGUUUAGACUAGACAACACCCUUGGUGGCACAUCUGAUUGCAUUAACAGAAAUUCUAUUCAUAGAAUCUAUGGUGACAAAGCCCAAGAUAUAAUUGAAGGUCUGAAGAAAAACCCCGUGGUGGCUGUGCCUUUGGUGCUAAGAAGGUUAAAGGCAAAAGAUGAAGAGUGGCGAGAAGCACAGAAACAGUUCAACAAAUUGUGGAAAGAACAGAAUGAGAAAUUCUACCUCAAGUCUCUUGACCACCAGUGUGCUAACUUCAAACAACAUGAUAUAAAGGCCAUCAGGGGGAAAUCACUCCUGAACCAGAUUGAGACUAUAUAUGAUGAAAGAGCUGAUAGUGAAGAGACCCCUCCACAAGGCCCUAUGCUUACAUUUGUUUAUGAAGAUCGUUCAUUGAUUGAAGAUGCUGGCAAUCUCAUUAUUCAUCAUGUUAAACGACAGACAGGUGUAGAUAAAGAAGCCAAAAGUCGUAUCAAGCAGCUUGUUAAACAUUUUGUUCCUGAUUUAUUCUUUGCACCCAGAGGAGAACUGAGUGAUGACGAUGGGGAUGUCAAUGAGGAGAUGGAUAUUGACGAGGAUGAAGUAAAUGUACAGCGUACAUCAGAGACAAGCAAAAGGGCAAAAGAUAAGGCAGCUCCUGAGGAAGAUGACAACAAAAAGAAAAAAAUGAAUGGAAUAAAGCAUGAACCAGAAGAGAACAGCAAAGGUGGAAAGAAAGAGGAUGAUGAUGAUGAGAAAGCUGAGAAACCUGGAACUGAAAAUGAGGAUGACAAUGACCGCUACACAUUGUUUUACUGCAAUUCAACUUGGUAUAUAUUUUUACGUUUGCAUCAAAUUUUGUGUGCUCGUCUGCUAAAAGCCUAUUCCUUGACGCAAAAAUUGAUCCAGGAGGAGGCAAUAACAAAGAAGGAGAGAAAAGAGUCAGUAGCUUUAGCUCUGCGUUUACGAUCACCAUUGGAAGUUGAAGUGGAAGAUUAUUAUUCCUACUUCCUUGAAAUGAUUCGAGCUGUCUUAGAUGGUAACAUGGAGUCCAGCCAGUAUGAAGAUACCAUGAGAGAGAUGUUUGGCAUAGAGGCAUAUCAGUUGUUUACUAUGGACAAAGUUGUACAGAAUAUUGUUAGACAGGUCCAGCACCUGGUGAUAGAUGACAUGCCCUCCAGACUGGCCAAACUGUUUGAUGAACAGAAAGACAAAGGUGGCGCCGGUGGACGCUGGGCAACCAGACACCAGAGAAACACACUUGAGCAGGCCUAUCUUAGACAGGCAGAGGUCAUUCUACUGGAUGACAACCCCUUCCAGUUCAUCAUUAGAAGCUUAACAGCGCAAAUGGAAAUAGAUAUGCUAGACCCUCCACCAGAGUCCAAUGACUCUGUGAAAGAAACAAGUGCCUGGUCCUCUUAUUUACAUGAGUACUCUGCUACCAAAAAGAAUGAAGAGUUCAUCCAUAGAGUUGGCCACAGUAGACCAAUCUAUCUCAUCAGAAACAAAAAGAGGAACCCUGACUGGGAUGACUUUAAAAAGCAUCAUAAAAUCAAACAGGAAAUGGAAGAUGAAGAUGAGGAAGAUGCUGAGGGAAAUAAGAGAGGAGAGAAAGGGGAUAAUAAGGAUAAAAGGAAACGAGAGAAUGGAGUAAAAGAAAGCCUGAAAGAGAAAGUAGAGAAACAAAUAUUUGGAAUAGGAGAUGAGGCAAAACUCAAGGCACCUGCUGAGGCUGGCUCUGAGAAACCUGCGGACAGAGGGGAUGAGGAUGAUGAUGAAAAUAUAGAUGAUGCUGCAGCCUUAGCCAGGGCCAACAGAACACCCAAUGGUGGAGAUGAUGAUGACGAUGAUGAUGAUAAAAGAGGAGGCGCAGAGAGCGAUGGAGGUUUGGGUGAUGACGAGGAUGAUGAUGAGAAGGGCUUGGAAAGUUCAAGUAAAAGGAAAAAAAUUGGUGCUUCGCCAGAUGGUUUAGCAAGACGUGUCCACAGUGUAGAUAACACAAGCAUCAAGUUCCCACACAAUUCUUACCACCAUAUGUUUGUCAAGAACACUGGCCAAGUCAUGUACAAGCAAGGGCGUUUGGCUCGGACAAAUGCUUGUCAUAAACAAGUGACUCAGAGAAAAUAUAAGAACAUGCAGAACUGGACAGAGCCUUGGCUUAGUCGAAAUGUGACCACUGCCCAGGUAGAAGACUGCAAGAGGUGGCUGAUGGGUCUGGCCACAGAGAGCAGGUCCAACAACACCUCUGUUGUGGAAAUUGAGCAGUACGACAAGACUCCCUACAGAGUCUUCAAGAAAUAUUCCGUAGACUGGGUGGUCCCGGGGUCAGGACGGACAUCGCCGUCUUCUAACAACUGAAUCUGAUCUCAGGGGCGGAUCUGGAAUAAAGUACUAGUGGCAAAUUUAUAUGGUUUUAUAUGUAUAAAUAAUUAUAUAUUUAUAUAUAUAUAUACAUACUUGUUGGUAGGAAAUUUAGUUAGCAUAUCCAAAACAGUGUGAACUUGUUUUGGACUAUGCGCCUGUUAUUUUUUUAAUGGGAGGGGGUAACCACCCCACUGCACCUCCCCUGGAUCCGCCCAUGGUUGACAUUUGUUAAUGGUAACUGAAACAACUUCUGAUCUGGCGAAAUCAGAGAAGUGAAAGAAUUUAUCUACGGCAGUCCAUUGUAAUGGUUCUACAGUCAAUAGACAUACUCAUGGGCCUACAAGCUCAUCAUGCAGUGUUUUCAUUUGAUAAGAAAUGUUAUGAAUCCAAACUGUUGAAAUUCUAUACAUUAGUUUUAAAAGUUAUCCAAUGUUUAAAGUAAAUAAGGCAUUUUAUUACAUAAAAUUGUCAUGAAAUGAAUUAGCACAUUGUACAUAUAGUUUUUUAAACUUUAGAGUGGGCCAUUAAAUACUAAAAUUUAAUGAAACAAAUAUCAGUAUUUUAAACAUUUAGCCGAUGCAUUUGUUAUUCUGUUAACUUCUUUUCUUAAAUCUUUCAUUAGAUCUGAUGGUUCUUAUUCUGAAGCUAUUUAUUAACUUUGUAAUGUAAACUCUUUUGGUGGGCUAACAGAUAAGGUAUUAAGUCAUUACAUUUCCCAGCUUAUGGUGUUUAAUAGCUUGUAAAGUGUGUGAAUAAUGAAGUAAAAAAACUUGAAUUUAAGCAUCUUAAGGGAGCUAAAUCUGGGUUUAUAAAUUUUGAUCAAACUUCUACUUAUGGCACGUAUCCUGGGGAAUUUUUUUCUUAAAUCUUAGAAAGUUGUAUCUGUUAUUAAGUUUUAAUUUGUUUUUAUUAAACAGCAGUUUCUUGGAAAGCACUGCCUCUAGGUAUCAUAACAUGGAUUUGUUGAUUUUUAAAAAAAUCUAAUUAACCCUUUCUUGUACAGUUAUCCUGGCUCAUUUGGAUGCCCCAUGGUUGAGUAAUUUGCCAGAACAAGGGUUAAGACACAAUUCAAAAUUUUUUCAAAACAAAUAUCUUCCUCACUUUCAACUUAUUAAGCUUAGCUUUUUUUUUUAAACUGUCUAUAAUGUUGAUUAUGUUUUAGCAACUGUAUAUUGGUUUACGCUCUCAUCAAAGUACAUAUUCUGAAUUAUUUUUUGUCUAUUGCGCUAAAGCUGAGAUACAAAACCAUUGUACAAAACAAAGAAAGAUGCUUGGUGGUAUAUUUUAGUGGCAUUUCUGCUACUGGAAGUAUUGCCUAGAUGUAAAAUUUGUUCAUAAACUAGAAAAUACAUUUAAUUAUCAAUGUCAAACUGGGGAGGGCUGAGAAAUUUUUUAAAUCAUCUUUCUUUACAUUAAAUAUAUAAAUAGCAAUCCAAAAUCUGUUACAUUUUCUACACAGUAAUUUUUUCUAUUCUUGAAAUACCCAUCUUCUACUAUCAUCACUGUUCUAAUGUGGCAACUAUAUUUUAUACAUUUGUGAAUAACCUGAUCUAAAACAUUUAUUUAUCAUUGUUUCUUCUAUAAGGUCAUUUUUUUUGUUUUUAUGAACAUUUAUAUGUACAUUUAUCCUAACAGUGGUUCCCUGGUGUAGCUGUUCCCAUGACUUAAAUUAGGUCAUUUUAGCAAUUUCAUUUACUUUUUCAAGUCAUUGGACUGAAUAUAUUUUAUAAAUAAAAUAAAAAAUACUAUAAAUGUACUGCACUUUGGGAAUCACUGUUACAUUUUAAAAUGCCUAACAUUUAUCAUUAUAGCAAAGUAAAUUUUAUGCUGCGAUGGUAUUUAGACUAUUUAAUCUAAAAUCACUAUUGGGAAUUGUUUUGUUUUGCUUUAAGUGUUUUAUUUUUGUAAGUACAUUUAUCUGCAUUCUGUUCUUCAUAUUUGAUGAUCACCAUACUUAGCUCAUUCAUGUUUUUUUUUCCUCCUUAAAUUUAAACAUGUAUUUAAAAUGACACUGUACAAAUUCAUGAUACAUUUUUCUCAAUAUGAUUUACUGUUAAAAUGUUUGUUAUUUGUGUGUCUUUUGUCAUCAUAAUAGAUUUAGUCUGAAACAUAAAAUAAAAAUGUCACCAUU